AUGGGCCUAAGAUACCUUAAGUCUCGGCUUUCAAAUAGAGAAAACAAGCCAGAAGAUAAUUUGAAGAUAGCAUGUGUAUCAAGAGAAUCCUCAUCCAUGGCCAGUAUGAAAGAAAAUGAGUCUCUCAGUCUGAAAAGAAAGCCAUUGGAGUCGGAAGAAAAAAGGCGCCAUAGCUUAUUUAAUCUCAGAUCGUACAAGGAAAGGACAGAUUCAAGUGCCAACUUUUCAUCCGAUGCACACCAGCCCGGGCUAGAGACGGCACCUCGCCUCAAUUGCGUCAAUACAGAUCUUGGAUUCCUGAAUUAUGGAAUGGAGCACAUUGACAAGAUUAGCUUGACUGAAGAUGAGAUUAAGACUCCCGAGAAAAGUGAUAUAUUCACUAGCCACAAAUCAGAGUUCCAAACGGCAACCAGUAAAAGCGAGGAUCAGAAAACGCAAGAAACAGACAAAGCUACCAAAUCAGAAACUUUUGCAGAGGUCAAAGAGACAGUUCCGCGCGAUUUCAAGAAAGAGUCAGUAGAAUCUGAUUCCAGCGCCGAAAUUGUCACCCUACCUAAAAACACAACAGAGGACAAUUCUUGGGUGCUGCCUAAUCUCGCACCUUCCAGCUUUUUUUGCCCAUCAAAACAGGUUACCUCGCUUUUUGUUGGUGAUUUGGACAAGUCUUUGAGUGAGUGUGAUUUGAAAAAUGUCUUCAACGAAUAUCCUGGUCUUCUCUCAGUCAAAAUUCCUGCGGACUGUCAAACCGGCAAUUCGCUAGGUUACGGAUAUGUCAACUACUCCAAUGAAGAACAGGCACAAUUUGCAAUGGAAUCGCUCAAUUAUACCAAGAUCGGCUCGUCAGAAAUCAGAAUCAUGCCGUCCUUAAGAGAUAAAAGUCAGAGAGAACGCAUAGGCGCCAAUAUUUUUAUAUCCAAUCUCUCAUCGCAUCUCACUACCCGACAACUUUAUGAUAAGUUCAGGAAGCAUGGAACCGUGUUGUCGUGUAAGUACGAUUCAUCCAAGCAGCAAGCAUUCAUACACUUCGAAUCGAAGGAGGUCGCAUAUGAAGUCGUCAAAAGUUAUAAUCGUACUACUUUAGAUGGUCAAGUUGUCUAUGUGGGUCUACAUAUUCUCAAGAGAGACAGAGAACUUUUUGGGGCUACCGCGAGCGCAAGCACUAAGCUGGCUGAAAAAAGGGAUAUCUCACAGAUCCCUAGUUUUUCGCCCUCAUUUAAAAACACAGAACACAAGGAUGACAUAAGCACACAUUAUUCCAUCUUUGUGAGAAAUCUACCUUUGAGUAUCGAGGAACAUGUUAUCAGGAGUUUAGUUGAACCCUACGGACCUGUCUUAUCUGUCUUAGCAAGGAGAGUCCCAAAAAGAAAUGGGUGCUGGGCUCUAGUGAAUCUAACUAACCAGGAAUCCGUGGAUAAAGCGGUUUCGCAUCUAAACAUGGUUGAAAUCAACAAGCAGCGGCUAUUUGUCACUCGCGCAAUUCCAAAAGAAGAGAAAAGCUACAGUCGAAAGCAGGAGAUGCGGCCAAAAUACCGGCUCAAAAUACUGAUCACGGGAUUGAAUGUUAACACGCAUAAAGACAAGUUCCAAAAUUGGUGCUUAACUUUUGGAUCAAUAAAGUCUGUGGAGCUUUAUGGAACAUACCCCCAAGAAAACAAGAAGGGCUACACCGCUUAUGGAUAUGUGGAAAUGAUUAAUGAAGCCGACGCUGAUUUUCUAAUCGACAAUCUGAAUCUACUGGGUGUUCGCUGCUUCAAGGUCAAAGUGGAGAUCCAAAAUAAGGAGAAAGUUAUUUCCGAUAUGCGUCACUACCCUUAUGGUCCAUCGCCAAGGCAAUCCAGCGGUACUGCGAUGGGGACAUAUGUGAAUCCCUACAAACAAUUUCAGCUAGCAGCUUUUGCCAAAUCUGUCGAGCAGGACAAGUUCGCUGUGACAGCUCAAACCCAGGAAAAGAGCGAUGGAGAGCGACUGAAUGUGGAUCUUCGCACUAAAAUUGAACAGAUCAUAGGGGUCUGUGCUGUUGAUACUUUAGGUGCAGAUACACUGAUAUCGAUGAAUACGGGAGGUAUUUACCAGCACAAAGUGCAUUCAUUAUCUGAACACAUCAUCAAGUUCUUUUGGUCUAAUAGAGUUGAUUCGUUUUCUAAAUUUCUGGCAUCCAACUACAAGGAAGACCAACCCUUGCACCCGCUGCUCAAAACUCAAAUUGUGCAAAGUGCAAUGUACCUAGGAAUUGUUUCCAAAAGCUAG